AAAAACAAAGGGCAGGAGAGUUCUAGUGAGGAAGAGGACGAUGAGGAACCUAAAACGAGUGGAGCUAAUAGGUCAAAGAAUAGCGCUACAGAUAGCGACAGUGAGUCGGAAUCAGAAUCGGAAACAGAGGGAGGAAAGGCAAAAGGUGUAGAAAAUUUAAUUCAAGUAGAAAAUCCAAACAGGGUACAAAAAAAAACUAAAAAAUUGUCUCAAUUGAAUCAGUCAUUAGACACUGCAAAACCAGAACUGUCUCGAAGAGAACGAGAACAACUGGAAAAACAAAAAGCCUAUGCAAAUUAUCAAAAAUUACACGCGGCUGGUAAAACAGAUGAAGCUCGAGCAGAUCUGGCGCGAUUAGCUAUAAUUAAGCAACAACGAGAGGAGGCUGCGAAACGACGGGAGGAAGAGAAGAAACAAAAGGAGAUGGCACAACAGAAGAAAACCGAGCUAACGCAGAAGGCGCUCGGGAAAAAGUCUUAGAACGUUUCGAUGAAAUUACAUGACUAAUUGAUCGCUACAAUAUUAAUCCGGAGAUUGUUCCGAUUCUCAAUCUCAAUGAAAUUUGGUAAAUCGGCCCACAUGUUUGCUAUAUGCGUUUUAUGAUAUAUUAAUAUCAUUGUUUAUAUAAAUACAAUGAAUUAAAUACACCUUUAUAAGUGUC